GCGACGGCUUGGCGAAUGGCGGCGUCUGCGGGAGAAGGCGCGCCGCUGGCGUACGCAUGCGCGGGGCGACUUCUCCGUGACUGGCGGGGCUGAGAGGGACCCGUUAGCGGGAGCGGCGACCCCGGCUCGGUUCGGCCCGGAAAUGUCCAAGCGGCUGCGGAGCAGCGAGGUGUGCGCGGAUUGCAGCGCUCCGGACCCAUGUUGGGCAUCGAUAAACAGGGGAGUUCUGAUUUGCGAUGAAUGCUGCAGUGUCCAUCGGAGCUUGGGCCGACACAUCUCCCAAGUCAGGCACCUGAAGCACACGCCAUGGCCCACGACGCUGCUGCAGAUGGUGGAAACGUUGUACAAUAACGGCGCUAACUCCAUAUGGGAACAUUCGCUGCUGGAUCCCGCCUCUGUCAUGAGUGGGAGGCGCAAAGCGAACCCCCAGGACAAAGUACACCCCAACAAAGCCGAAUUCAUCAGAGCAAAAUAUCAGAUGUUGGCGUUCGUUCAUCGCUUGCCAUGUCGGGAUGACGACAGCGUGACCGCCAAAGACCUUAGUAAGCAACUCCAUUCCAGCGUCAGGACGGGGAACCUGGAGACAUGCUUGCGGCUGCUGUCCCUGGGAGCUCAGGCCAACUUCUUCCACCCGGAGAAAGGGAACACUCCGCUCCACGUGGCUGCCAAGUCGGGUCAGAUUUUACAAGCCGAGUUGUUGGCUGUGUACGGGGCUGAUCCCGGCACGCAGGACUCCAGUGGGAAGACGCCCGUCGACUAUGCAAAGCAAGGAGGCCACCAUGAGCUGGCCGAGCGCCUCGUGGAAAUCCAGUACGAGCUCACGGACAGGCUGGCCUUCUAUCUCUGCGGCAGAAAACCUGAUCACAAAAGCGGGCAGCAUUUUAUUAUACCUCAAAUGGCAGACAGCAGUUUAGAUUUGUCAGAAUUGGCCAAAGCAGCCAAGAAGAAGCUUCAGUCGCUGAGCAACCACUUGUUUGAGGAGCUGGCCAUGGAUGUAUACGACGAGGUGGACCGGCGGGAGACCGACGCAGUAUGGCUUGCCACUCAGAAUCACAGCACACUGGUCACCGAGACGACGGUUGUCCCGUUUCUCCCGGUCAAUCCAGAGUACUCUUCAACAAGAAACCAGGGAAGGCAGAAGCUGGCCCGGUUCAACGCCCACGAGUUCGCAACCCUGGUCAUUGACAUCCUGGGCGAUGCCAAGCGGAGGCAACAGGGGAACCCGGUCCCGAGUUCCAAAGAAAACGUGGAGCUGAUCCUGAAGUCGAUCAACAGCCAGCACAGUUCGGAGAGUCACGAUAAUGACCAGCCCGACUACGACAGCGUCGCCUCCGACGAGGAAGCGGAUCUGGACGUGGCCUCCACCAAGGCACCGAGGCAGAAGAGCCUGGAUUCCGACUUGUCCGACGGACCCAUCACCGCCCAGGAAUACCUGCAGGUUAAAAAUGCCCUGGUGGCUUCGGAGGCGAAAAUCCAACAGUUAAUGAAGGUGAACGUCAACUUGAGCGAUGAGCUGAGGAUCAUGCAGAAGAAGCUUCAGACGCUGCAGAGCGAAAACACGAGCCUCCGGCGGCAGGCCACGACCAGCGCCUACCAGGCUCCGUCUGGCUCUGAAUAUGCCGACGCCGGCGGCCACCCUUCCUUAAUCCGGCGGCCCUCGGCGCGCAGCAGCCGGCCCAUGUCGAUGUACGAGACGGGAUCGGCUCAGAAGCCCUACCUUCCACUAGGCGAGGCCUCGUAUCCCGAAGAGCACGUCACGACGCGGCUGCAGCCCUUUCCUCCCCACAUUGGGAGGAGCAGUUUGGAGACUGCCUCUUCUUCAUCCAUGCCCUCCUUCCCUUCCAUGCUCUCCUGGUCGGGAAACAAAAGCACACAAAGGGCGUCAAAACUGGAAAAGCAGAGCAGCCUGCCAGAGGGUGAUUACGACAACGCCGUCCCUGCGCUGGAGCUGGACGAGACGGGGCUCAGCAGGAGGCUUAGGCAGCGGAGCGCCUUCCAGCACGGGGAAGGGCCCCUCUCCGAGAGCAAGGACCCCGACGCCGCCCCCAGCGCCAGCCUCCCCAGCACGGAGGACGUCAUCCGGAAGACCGAGCAGAUCACGAAGAACAUCCAGGAGCUGCUGCGGGCGGCUCAGGAGAACAAGCACGACAGGCCGGCUGGGCGGGCCGGCGGGCCCAAGCUCAGGCACAGCUUGGGCUGUUUCAGUAGCCUGGUUCCGUGGGCCGAGCGAGCUUCCCUGCAGCCUCUGACCCUCCGGCAGCCUGACCCCACCUCCUGCUACGUACCCUGCUCCGAAAGGAUCCACGUGGCAGUGACGGAGAUGGCCGCCCUCUUUCCAAAAAAGCCCAAGUCUGAGCUGGUGCGCACCUCCCUGCGGCUGCUGACCUCCAGUGCCUUCCGCCUGCAUUCCGAGUGCACGAAGGCGCUCCCCCCGGACUCCUGCCCCACGGCUGACGUCCAGCUGGUCACUCAACAGGUCAUCCAGUGCGCCUACGACAUCGCCAAGGCGGCCAAGCAGCUGGUCACCAUCACAACCAAAGAGAACACCAACUGACGCGGUCUCCGGCCGGCGUCCUACCGAGGGUUGGCUUUGACACGUCACAGGCGGUUUGCCGUUUUCAUGUGGGUUUUUUCGUUUUUGUUUUUAACAGGAAUAUUUAAGGUGGUGCGUUACCCGUAUUAUUAUUAUUAUUAUUAUUUUUUAAAGGAACCUCAGUAUUAAAUUUUUCUUGCAUGUUUUUUUUUUUCCUAAAAAGAUUCCCCCCCCCUCCCCCCGGGAUUAAUGUAACCCACUGCCUUAUUUCGUGCCUGUAUCGCCAGCGUAGUGCGCGUUGGGGAAGUGUCGUGAGCCCAACCUUCACAUCACCAGCUCUUACGGGACUUUUGUUGUUGUUGUUUUGGCGGGUGGGGGGGUCCGCACUCUGCACUCCCGGCGCCAAUUGUGAACUUGAACGCACGUAUCGCGAUACAGGGCACUUCCUUCUCCGGGCGUCUUGUAAUGCAGCUCUUUGACACACACCUGAACCACUAAAUAGCACACGCUACGGACCUCUGCGGCGGCAGCGACUGUGGAAAGGACACUCUGCUCACACACACACACACACACACCAGCCCCGCCACGCCCCCUCCAUGGCUUCCUGAGACCCCUGCAUUCCUUGUGCAACAGCCAGCCGCACGGCCUGGCUUGAAAUCGUAGGAAUAGAGCCUGCCACGUUUUUUUGAGUGGCCCGCGACUCUCGUUGAUCUCCACGCUGGGAAGCAGAACCACGGGGGAGUGGAUAUCCUGGAGACGUUAGAACAUGCUUUUGACCUGACUAUGCACCGUUAAGCUUUGCAUCUUACUCCGUGCUGAGAAGUUCUUUUCUGGUUGUAUAUUUCUCUCUCGCUGUCUCCGACUCUCCUGCCUGUCUCUGACUCUCCUCACUCUCUCGCACUUAGAAAGGACGGCUUGCUGCUGGCAGUGCUGAUAUGAGUGUGUGAAAUGGCAAGCUGACACGUGGCGGGGGCUGGGGUGGACUGGGGUCCUUUUCUAGAAAGCCGGACCAGGGAUGAGCUAGUUUAACCCAGCCUCCCCCGCACCUAGUGCACUCUUGAGACAUUGGACUACAGCUCUCACCAUGCUGGAUGGGGGAUGCUUGAAGUUGCAAUCUGACACCUCCAGAGGCUGCCAGCGUGGGUUAACCCAACCUAAAGUUGGAGGGUGCGGAAGCGUGUGGCGCGGGGGUUAGGUGAGGUGCACGACUCGUUUUGAGGUUGAAAACUGGGCACGGCAUCCGUCUCACUGACCUGGUUCGCACAUCAUGACAACCCAGAGUACAGGUUGGCAUGAUGUGAACCCUGCACUGCGGUUUGAAUUAUGGGUGGUUCACCACAAACCACCCAGAGGUCACAACCCAACAACAAUUCUUGGGGUUCUCUUCCUGGGUUGGUCGUGGUUAACAACCCAUAGUUAAACCGUAGUGCCGGGUUUGCACGCAAGGACAGCCCACAAUUUGCCGGCAAUGCCUAUUCCACCCCUUCUCCGAGUUGUCAUUACGUGCGAACCUGGCCACGCGGUCGCCUCCUGCUCCUUCGUAAAGGCUCUAGCAAUCAGCGUACCUGUUGAAGGAUUUGGGUGAGGGAGAAGACAGACGCUUUCAAAAGGUGGAUGGCGAGAGGGUGGUGGGCAGCACUGGUACGUUAGCAACUGGAGUGGCGUUCCAGAAGUGGAAUAGGUUCAGAAGAUGGGGGUCAGAGACCGUGGCUCCCAUGCUGGAACGCGGGCGUCGUGCUUAAGUCCUGCUUCCUUUGACUACCAACCAAUCUGUUGCGUCGAGCUAAAGGAGCCUUAAACGUUUCUCUGUUUGGUUGCAGCCAGGUCUGGGACUGUUCAGUACCUGAAGGGGUCAGCGUGUGCUCUGCACCAUCCUCCAUUCUGAUGAACCGGGGUGGGGUGCUGUGGGCGUCUUUGGGCAGCCCCCGCUCAAGAUCCACAACGCCCGCUCUCCAGCGUGGGAGCCAGGGUCUCUGACCCCCUUCUUUUGAACCUAUUCCACUUCUGGAACGCCACUCCAGUUGCUAACGUACCAGUGUUGCCCACCACCCUCUCGCCAUCCACCUUUUGAAAGCGUCUGUCUUCUCCCUCACCCAAAUCCUUCAACAGGUACGCUGAUUGCUAGAAGGCUGCCUCCCGCAGCGCAAGACGUACACGUGUAAUUGAGACAGUAUAAGGGGAACAGGGCCUGGAACACAAGGGAGAGAGAGAGAGAGAGAAGUUGGGGCAUACGGGGGCCGAGUGAGAGAGGCUGGCUGGGUCUUCUGCAGAGGGAACAACUGCUUGGCUUUUCUAGCAAGCCCAGCUUUCUCUGAGCUGGUCUUCUACUCCCCGCCACCCCCAGAGCUGACUGGAUCCCUGCAGAAGUUCAGCCAAGACGGUCGUCUGCAGUGAGUGACGUGGUCAACCACAGUGAGGUGGGGUGGUGAGAUUUGAUUUGCCCGCACCUACUCUGCAUAGGAAAUGGGCUGUCUGGUUAGCUUCUCCGUUGCGCCAGGUUUUCUUGAUCAGGGGUUGAGUUUCCCGUUUUAAGAAGAAUAAGCCCAAGUGGGUGGGUGGAGAAUGGGUGUGUGUGUUUUACCCCAUUGGUAUUUAUAUAUUAAAAAACAAACAAAAAACCAAGUGCCAUAAUAUUGUUGGAUGCUGAUGUUACAUUGUAAUUAACGACCUUUUUUUAAAAGUAUUGUACUAUUUUUGGGUUAAAACAAACAAAAAAUAGGUAGAACAA